UGAAAAAUCUGGGGACAAAAACAAAACAAUCAACGGACAGGUCUGGUCUGGUCUGGUGCUGGUCUGGUCUGGUCUGGUGCUGGUCUGGUCUGGUCUGGUGCUGGUCUGGUCUGUUCUGGGUGGGUAGAUAUAAAGGGUACUGGGAAUGGAAUGGCGACCGGCCGAGGCACCGCUGUUAAUCUGUCCCCAUCUGCAACUCUCUUUCUUAGUCCUAGUCAAGGCUCGAGCGCUAAGUUGGUGAACGCUUUCAUCUUCGGCAGCUGUCGUGUUGUUGCAAGUUCCUUGAAGCCAAGGGCGGGCAGUUUGUUACUACGCGGUAUAUCAUAUUAUAAUCCGUACAUGAGACUUGAAGUCGAAUCAAGCAUGCCGAAAAAGCAACACUCAGGUUUCCCUCUCAGACGUCAUUGCCAUCGCCUUCCAAGCUUUUUGAGGCCUGCUAGUACCAAGUUGGGCGCUGCCGCUGCCCUACCUGAGGAUACAAUAUCGUCUACUGGCUUCGAGUGUCGGACCAAGUGUCAGGAGAACGGACAGUUUGUUGUGUAGGCUUGUCACAUGUUACGUCCAGCCCCCUUUUUGGGUGACUAUGGGUACAUCACCUAUUCUGGAACACCAAUACUAUCGUUGGCGUUGACGAGGCGUGUAGUGUUGGUGUGUGCUGACCAGAUAUGGACGAGAUACAGGGGCUCAGUGACUACCAUGCGCCGCAAGGAUGCACUCCACCGCCGAAGUUUGGACUGGUUGCCCCGGGCUGCUGUAUCUUGAUCCGACG